AUGGUUCAGGGUUCUGAGCACAACGUCAGGCUCCAAUGGAAGUGCUGGUCAGGAGCCGUGUACUCCAUCUGUGGGAAGCCUGAUCCAAUCAAGGAAUGUGGUGAAGUUCAGAAUUCUAUGUCCUCCACAGAGCCUGGAAACACCUACUGCUGGGGCUUUCAUGCCCUGCUGGCCAGGAGAUUUGAGGAUGAUGACCUCCACAGACCAGAUAAAAUGCUCUCGGUUCUUCUCCUGGAUAAUAUUGCCCUUGGAUUCAUCGGCUAUAGCCUGUGGGCUUCUGAUGACACCCAAAUCUCAGCCUCUGAGGAAGAAAGACCUGACAUCAAGAACAUGAGGCAGUGGGAAGGUCGUUCCUCACAGCCUCCAUCCCAAAGGUUCAUUAAAACCCAGACUGAUAAGCUCCAGCAGAGGAGAGCUGUGGGGCAGAGGGCUACCCCACUAGAGGAGGAAAACCCCCAGGUCAAGUGCAAGGACUGUGGGGCCUUUGGACACACUUCAAGGAGCAGAAGAUGCCCCAUGAAGUGCUGGGAUGGGGCACUGGCCCCACAACACUUGGGCCCAAAGAAGGAGAAGGAGAACCAGACACCAAGGCAGCUUGAGACUCUCCAUGACACAGAAAGCUUUAAGCAGCUUGAGAGAAGGAAAGACCAGGGGCAAAGGCAAGAAGAGCAGCCAAGGAAGUCUCUGCUCCAAAGAAUUCCUAGGAGACUUCAGGGGAGGCAGCAACCAAAUUGGGAGGAAAGGAAAGAAUCCAGUUCCUCUCUGAGGCAAACCAGCAGGCCACCGCCCAUCCAAAUACCCUGCAAGAGUUCUGUCCUGGGACCUGCAUUGGAGAGUCAGCCACCUGUCAAGAACACUGAUGAGAGACCCAUCCUCCCUACAGGGAAACUCUUCCGAAGAAAUGAACAUGAUUUCUACUCCAUCCCUGUGCCCAUGAAAGGACAGGAGGUAGCCAUCACUGGCACCAGCCAGCCAGCAGCUACAGCAUGGAGAGCAGCCCAGGUCCCCACACUCAGUGUCAGGGCCCCCAUCAAGAGACAUGCCCAGGAUCCUGUCAAGGCAAUCCAGCAUGCCCCAAAGAAACUUAGAGGCAACCCCAGCCUGACUCCAUAUUGGAGCACUGAAAGUCCAGGCGUGGAGGUUUACACAUCUGUGCAGUGUCUGCCUUCUACAAGUGGACUCAGAUUCAAAGUGUCACCCCACGUGACCAGGAAAACUCCACCCCAUGGUUCCAGCAUGGAUCUUCACCCUCCAAGGAAAAGCCCUGUCCUGAAUCCUGUCCCACCCUGCACCAAGUCCAAUCCUCCAGCGGCCAGCUGUGUUCCACGACAGACCCUCAGAAUGGUCUUCAUGAGACUGCAACAUGACUGUUGGAGCUCCAGGUUCAUUAUGACUCCCCCUUCCUCUCCCCCUUCAAAGCCCAAUGCUCCUGCUAUGAGCGCCCCUUUUCUUGACAAGUCUAAGGGACACAGUUCCCAUGUGCCUGUGAGUUGCCUCUAUGAGGACAUUCAGGUUUCCUCCUCCUCUGAGGACAGUGACAUGGAGUGA